UGCUAUGAGCUGUCUCUCCCGGCGGCGGCAGCGGGCGGCCCGGGCGCCGCUCCUCCUGCCGGCCGGGCGCUGCCGGCCCGGUGGCACCAGCGGGGCGGGGAGGAUGAGCGCGGCAGGACCGGGCGGCAGCGCCACGAGCACCACCGGCAGCAGCGGCAGCAGCAGGAGCAGCAGCAGCAGCAGCAGUAGCAAUAGCAGCAGCAUCAUCCUCGGGAGCGGGCCCGGGCGCUGAGCGGGGCAGCAGCGCGGAGGCCGGGGAUGGCGCUACCCGGGGAGCGCGACGCGGAGCCGCGUCCCGGCGCCUCCCGCCCCGCCGAGGAAGAGGAGGGAGGCGGCGGCUCGCGGCCGGAGGCGCUGUCGCUGGAGGAGAUCCUGCGGCUCUACAACCAGCCCAUCAACGAGGAGCAGGCGUGGGCCGUGUGCUACCAGUGCUGCCGCUCGCUGCGGCACCGCGCCCGCCACGGCCCCGCCGCGCGGCUCGGGGACAUCGCGCAGCUCCGCGUCUGCCGGGACGGGACCGUCGCCCUGGAGCCGGGCGGCGGCGGCGCAGAUAAAUCGGGCCGUUUACACUGCACAGAAAUGGAGGUUAUUGAAUCUCUAGGGAUUAUUAUAUAUAAAGCCCUGGACUAUGGUUUGAAAGACAAUGAGGAGCGAGAAUUAAGUCCUCCACUGGAGCAGCUUAUUGACCACAUGACUAAUACCACAGAAACAGAUGGGAGUAGGGAUGAAGGGUAUGAUGCUCUGGAUGAAGGAGUGGAGGAUGACGAUGAUGAUGACAAAGAGGAAGUUGAGGCUAUUCAUUCCUAUAAAGAUGUCAUGAAGCUAUGUGCUGCCCACCUGCCAACCCGAUCAGAGGCACCGAACCACUACCAAGCUGUAUGUCGGGCUCUGUUUGCUGAAACAAUGGAACUGUACACUUUCUUGGCCAAAAUUAAAAGUGCAAAAGAGAACCUGAAGAAGAUUCAAGAAAUGGACAAAGAGGCAAGUGAUGAAUCCAGCACAGAUCUUGAUGACUUAAAAAAUGCUGACUGGGCUCGGUUUUGGGUACAAGUGAUGCGAGAUUUACGGAAUGGUGUUAAACUUAAGAAAGUUCAAGAGCGUCAGUACAACCCACUCCCCAUAGAAUAUCAGCUCACACCCUAUGAAAUGCUGAUGGAUGAUAUUAGAUCCAAACGCUAUACCUUAAGGAAGGUCAUGGUCAACGGUGACAUUCCACCUCGAUUAAAAAAGAGUGCCCAUGAAAUAAUCCUGGAUUUCAUCCGAUCGAGACCUCCAUUAAAUCCUGCCUCAGCAAGAAAACUGAAACCAACCCCCCCACGGCCCCGCAGCCUUCAUGAAAGGAUACUGGAGGAAAUCAAGGCAGAGAGGAAGUUACGUCCAGUUUCACCUGACGAGAUAAGGCGUAGCAGGCUGGCAAUGCGGCCACUUAGCAUGUCUUACAGUUUUGACUUGUCAGAUGUAUCUACGCCAGAGGCUGGAAGGAAAUUAGCGGAUGCCUCUGUGGUGAACGGUAGCCUGGCACCACAAGGAAAUCAGAACGGGGCCACACAAGUGACAGUACAACGCAAGAGACUCCUCAAAGCUCCCACACUGGCAGAACUUGACAGCUCAGAUUCAGAGGAGGAAUCCGUGAACAAAUCGACGAGUAGCAGCAGCAUCUCCCCCUCACAAAUGGAAGACCCCUCUCAAGAAGGCAGCAGCAGCAGAAAGAUUCCUCCGAAGUUCUUGCCCAUAUCAUCUACACCGCAGCCUGAGAGACGGCAGCCACCUCAGAGAAGACAUUCCAUUGAAAAGGAAACACCAACCAAUGUGAGACAGUUCCUACCACCUUCAAAACAGAGUUCCAGAUCACUUGUUCCUAGGAUAACCAGUUUAUUUCCAAGGAUGACUUUCAGACCACUUUUUUCAACUAUGCAAACAGCUUCUCUGCUCAGCUCUCAUCCCGUUGAAGCAGCCAUGUGUGGGGUGGCAGGGGCUAUGUACUGUCUCUGUGAGAGAGCUUUUGCCAGCAGGUGGAAACCCGCAAAGGAGGAGUUCUGUUACCCAGUGGAAUGUCUGGCUCUGACGGUAGAGGAGGUCAUGCACAUCCGUCAGGUGCUGGUGAAGGCAGAGCUGGAAAAGUACCAGCAAUAUAAAGAUGUCUACACUGCUCUCAAGAAAGGAAAGCUCUGCUUUUGCUGUCGAACAAGAAGGUUUUCUUUCUUUACCUGGUCUUACACUUGUCAGUUCUGCAAGAGGCCUGUAUGCUCACAGUGUUGCAAAAAAAUGCGGUUGCCAUCAAAGCCAUAUUCUACUCUCCCCAUCUUCUCACUGGGACCUUCAACCUUGCAAAGAGGAGAGAGCUUUAUGAGGCCAGAGAAACCCUCUACGAGUCACCACCGAUCGCUGCGGAGCAUGUCCAGGUUGACUUCAAGGUCCAAAUCUGUGGACAAGUCACAUGAGGAGUUUCCCAAAGAGUUAAUGGAGGACUGGAGCACAAUGGAGGUGUGCGUGGACUGUAAGAAGUUUAUUUCGGAAAUCAUCAAUUCAAGCCGGCGCAGCCUAUCUCUGGCCAACAAGCGAGCCAGAUUAAAAAGGAAAACACAGUCCUUCUACAUGUCGUCCCCGGGAACCUCUGAAUACUGCCCCUCUGAAAGGACUAUCAAUGAGAUCUGAGCCUUGUGCCUUUUUCUUUGCUUUUGUCUUCAUGAGGUCAUCAUCCAUGAGCAAGGUCACUGAAACUGGAUUACCAUUCCGUUGCUUCGUUUCACUUGACUGGCUUGAAUUUGCAUUAGGUCACAGGAUUUCCUACUCCAACAGUUCCCAGAGACGCAGAACGCUGUGCAGAAUGAUACACAACGGGUCAGCUGCUUGCACUGGAAGAAUAUCAAUAGUUUGAAAUCGUUGCCUCUUUUGUAUGCGUGCGAUGAAACUAGAAAGCCUUUUCUUGCUUUCAGUCUUUUUUUUAACCAUGCUUUUAAUCAUUUUUUCAGGAGAUGAGCUGAAAACAGAUGCUCAGUGGAGAACCAAAUCUAACCAGGUGUCAGUGUUAGCACAGUAGCAAACACUAAAUCACUUUGGUGUUGCCACCCUAGUAAUGCUUAAGUCCUAUUUUAAACAGCAAGGGGUCGUAUCGCACACCAGCCACCGAGUGUGAGCGACCGUGGUCAAAACCUUCUUUCUUUGAACUGUUUCAGUUGCUCUGAGAUCAGGGUUCAGCACAGGACUACUACAGUGUUUGCAUCCUAGGGCAAAAUACGCGACGAAGCCGUACGCCCGCGUGGUUGGCCAUUCCCCUGAGCUGCUCUACUUUUCAAGCCUUAGUGUAUUUCUAAGUGAGCAGGUUUUAGUAGUUUACUUCUUGUCUUGAAUGUAUGAUGACGACUACUGGUAGCAGUGGCUUUUAGUAGUAGACAGAGUUGUACAGUUUAUGGGGACGAUGGGAAAUAAGGGAGGCUUCUCAUUUUAAUGGAAUACCUGUAAAGUUGUUCUUAUGGUUACUCAGAGGAAGCGGUCGGUAAGGUGUACAUUUGUAUUAUAACAGAGCACACAAAUACUGCUAUAGGUGUGUCUGACAGCAUAUCCGCUCAUAACCCCAUUUUUUCUGGGGUUUAUAACUUGGCUGUAAAAAUUCUGUGUUCUGCUGAAAUUUGGGACAGGGCUGUCUCAGAUUGGGAGCAAUCUCUCUCUUCUUUUUUUUCUUUGACCUUUUUUCGUUCUUUUUCCCUUUUUAAUUUGCCUACGAAAGAGUGCUAGGCUGGUGGUUUAGACUUCCUGACAAUGUUACAAUGUUAACUGACAUCUCAUGCUUUUUUUUUUUUUUUUGCACUUUUUUUUUUUAUUUAAAAUUCUUUUUUUUUUAAAUUCAGGCACUAGCAGAGCUUAGUCAAUAAUUUAGGGCCAGAUCAUUUUGGUAUUUAAAACCAAGCUAGCAUAGCCAAGUUAUUAAUACUUGAAAAUCAACUACUGUAACUUUUUCAUAAAUUUUUUAAUACCCUGAGGCAUAUUUAAUAUCUAUAUAGCGGUGUAUUAUAGAGUGACAUAGCAGAGAAGUUUCAGAUCUAUUUAUUAACAUUUCUAUACUUCGGAUUAAUGAGAGAUACCUCAGAACUGCUCCAAAGUAGCUGGGACUGGAUUUCCAUAGCAUGAUUUUAAAGGUGUAUUAAUCCAAACAAGAUUUUUCCAUCCAAAUCUCAUGCAUCGAAAAGCCCAAGAGGAGGCAGACUGCCCCGCCAGCCCUGGGGAGGCACGAUGCGGAGGCCGGGGAGCUCCAGGAGCUGUUGGCUCCCAUGCAGUAGUUGGGCUCCAGUCUCAGUGUGGGCUGCCUGGUGCUGCCCAGGGCAACAAGACUUCCCCUUCAAAAGUUGAUUUGCAUGUUACGUUGCAGCCUUUGAAGCAGCCGCUCAUAUCAUGUCUUUUAACUUGAUUUGAAAAGCACAUUGCAAAAGUCUCCUUAAACCUUCCCAGGGACUUAUCUGUCCUUAUUUUUUUAAACAACCCCUUGGGAAAUGAGAAUUUUUACGUAUGCAGGGCUUAUUGAAGGUUUUAAUUGUUUUUAGACCAAUAUGAACAAACAGGAAAAGCCAGGCUCAAGGCUCACUCUUUGCUGUCCUGUGCGAGGUCAGUUGCCACAGCCCUCUCCUUGGGGGUAGCUCUGGAAAAAUGUCUUGCACCUGGAGUACUGGCAUGCGAUAAGGCUGUAGGAUUGCAGGGGGUAAGCAGCACAGACAGCCUGAUUUGAAAGCUCUGCUGUUGCUGGAAGGAUCGCCUGAUCUCAGUCACAUCAGCAUUUUUUCUUGUUUCUGUGCCAAAGCCAGGCCGUGUGUUUGCUGCACAGCACAUUGGGAAAGCUAGAUGGAAAGGAAAGCAGGAAAUCUCACUUGGCAUCUCCCCUGUUGUUGUUCUUACCAUUUUCUUCUGGAAGCACCCCAGCCCCACAUUACAAUCGCUCUGAUCCUCUGCUUGUAGUCCUCUUUCCUGGCAUCCUUAAGCCACUGAGGUGCAGGGGAUGCGGCACAUUUUUUUUUCCCCUUCAGAGGGAUGUAGGACACUGCGGAGCAGGCAGGAUUGAGGGCUAGGUAAACCCUGAGUGUGCAAAAGGAAAUGUGUCCCUCAUGGCACACCUGCGCCAUCCACAAGCUCUGUUCUCUGUCUGCCUCCGCAGUGUCCAGGGGGAAUCUGGGCAAGUGGCAGAGCCUCAGGAUCCAGUGCCCUCCGGGGAUGUCCAGCAGCUUUUGGCUCAGGCCAGGCUGUGCUGUGCAGGGCACGAACACCAAACAUCACCACAGUGGUUGUACAGACCGCUUUGUGCUGCUUGUGCAGAGCUGCUGUGGGGCAGGGCUUGGAUUGCUCCCUUUUUCCUUGGAAAAAGCUCUCCGGGUUGCUGACACAUGUGGCAAGCACCAGAAAAUGUGGUGUGGAGGGCUGCCUCCCUCCUUCCACCCCUUCCUCUCUGCCACAGUUGCUCCGCAUUAUCCUGGCAUUUCAUUCCACAAAAGCAGCGGGGUUGGUUUGUCACGCAAAGCCUGGAGGAGCUCUGUCUGUUGCUUGGAUCUCUGCGGAGCGGUCUAUUUUUAGCUUUCCAUCUCGCUGCUUGUGCUAGCAUCCCAAAUCCUGUGCAGCCAUUUGCCUGCGUACCCCGCGGUGCUGCCCACCAUGUCCUACUUACGGGCUGAACUUCCCAUCAGCACCCAAGGAUGAAAUCAGAAGCUUGUAAAUACGUGUAAUAUAUUUAUUAAUAUAUAGGAAGUCUCCCCCCAGUCAUGCCGUGGGAAUUGCCUUUCCCAUGAUGUUUUAAGAAGGAAAUGAGUCUUAUUUAUGUGUGUGUUGGCUGUUAUGUUUAUUAGAGUUAAUGCUUUCAGCCCCCUAAUGCAUUUGCACUCCAUGGGCAUUUUAGAGUGAAUCCCUGCUGGAAAGAACGUGGGAUUGGCACGGAGAGCUCCCGUCAGUGAAUUUUUAAAACCUUUUAAUUAUUUUGAGCAUUAUUAAUAUGCCCAAGGUCUGUUCAAAUAAAUCAUAGGAGACCCAAGGAGUUAAAAACCCCGCUGGUCUUGUUUUCUAUGUGAACCUGGUUGUGGAGAAUUCCAAGCCAGCUCUGCCUCACGGUGGUGGUGGAGGAAGCGAGCAGGCUUCUCUCUCAAACCUGAUUUUUCAAGUAUUCAUGGUGACAAUAACGCUUUGGGGGGUUCUUCCCUUUCCUUGUUACUUCCUUUACACAGAUAAGGGUGUUACCUGGCAAAAAUAAAAUGCCUUUCCCUUACAGCCCUUAUCUGUGUUAAUUAUUCACAUGGAAUUAGAUGUAAAGGUUCUCUCUCUCCUUUUUCUUUUCCAUGCUUUUAUAGUUUUGCAAGAUCAGUCAGGCGUUUCUUUUGGCAAAGAAUUGUUAAUGGAAGUGAUUGAAUAACAGCUGAACAGUGGCUGGGCUGCGUGGAGGUUCGAAGUACUCUUAGAAUAGCAAUAAAACUGCUUGUGUAACCCCAGCAAUGCGAUGAGCACGUAGUGAUCAUGGACAGCCAACUCCCUCUGUUGCCAGCGUGCCGCUACUUCCAGCACCACUGGUCUGUAGCUGAGGCGCGUACAUCCUGCAUGCAGUACAGGCUUUGGGAAAUCUCCAUCCCUCACCUUUGGGAGGAAAAUGCAGGCAAUCUUUUGGAGAGGUUUUUUGAUUUGAUUGUUUUUCAUUUUUAAACCAGAAAUUGAGAGAACUUUUUUAUCACAACUAUGACGUUGUUCUCUCUCCUCUUUCAAGCUCCCUUUCCUCCCCAGGAAUGUUCAGCAUUGGCUUCCAUGUGCCAAGUUACUGGCUGCACGCUGUAUAGGUUAAAACUAAUUUAAAAGCUCCAACUUUAGACUCUUGGCUGCUACCUUCAUGCUUUACCUCAUCCAGCAGCUCUGCACAUCCUUUAGGAAUGUCUCUCUUAGGAGCUCAGUCUCAUCUGUGCAACAGUGACACCACACAGGCAGAGGGAAAGGUGCUGUGACUGUACGCUCCGGUGCUACAGAAUAUGGAUUAUGUUACUGUUACCAUAAACUUUUAUAGUAUUUCCAUGUUAAUAACUUGGAGCUGUUCUGGUUUAUUUCUUCUUUUGUAUGUCUGUAUCUUAAGGUCAAUCUCAAAAUGUGUGUGACUAUUGAUUCGAGCUAUAAAGAUCUGGUUUGUUGUUUCUGUCUGAUUUUUACUACUGAGUUUCAAUUUUUUGGGGUCCCAGAAGUAACUGUUCACCAGAAUUUCCUGGUGGGAGAACCACCGGAGAGGGGCACUAGCUCGGUCCAGUGUGACGCACAAAGACACAAGCUCGUGUGUCAGGAAACGGGCUCUAAGGUCAGGAAUGCUGUCCUCACAGCAGCUCGAUUGAGUCCAGCACCGCAGCCCCCUUCUCCUGGGAGAGCUGGUGCCAGCUGCCGUGUAGAGGGGUGGGUGCUGAGCAGGACACAGGCUCCGGCAGCCCAGAGCCGAGGGAGACCAUGGCCCUCUCUGCGUUUUCAGCUUGACAUUGAAAAAUCUCAGAGGUGCUCGUGUUGCUCGGUUUACCGGCACAAACUGUAAGCCUUCCAGUGCCCUAGUGUCCUCGUCUGCAAAAACAGGGACUACAAAGCAGUUACAACUCUUUAAAGAAUUUUGAGAGCUGCCAAUAAAGGGAUGAGAGCUGAGGGUUGGAGCCAAUAGCAUCCUGCACCGCAGCCUUCCCUCAGCUUUUGGUACUUGAAAGCAAUUCACACCACUUCCAGUUGUGCUGAAUUCCAGAUUGCUGCAAUUUUACAACACUUUGACGAGCAAAGAUUUGUGAAUGAAUUUUGCCAUGGUCAGUCGCACUCAAGGAACCUCAUAGGGCUUAUCAGGAGACGGAGUCAAAUAGUUAUCAAACAGACAUAGAGAAUCUUACGUAGUGGCAGCUUUGGUUGUAUAUUGGCACCACUCUGCAAUUCAGUAACUUCUCUGUUUCUCCUCUGGUCACGCAGUUGUUGCGGUGGCAAUGCCAGGCUGAACCAAGCAUCGGGUACGCAGGUAGCCUGGGCUCUGUGUCCUGAAAUAAUGACAGAAGCCACCACAGCUGGUGAAGUGCAUUGAGAUGCGUUUUGUAGGACAGUUCUAGAGAAAGACUAUUUGGAAUAGACCAUGUUGUAGCUAAUAAAAAAAAAAAAAAGCAUUUUUUCAGCCAGUAGUCUUCAGAGAGCCAAGCUACUUAUAUAGCUGGAAAAGACCUGCUUGAUUAUUAACCCAUUUAAAGAACCCUGCAAGUGCAAAAAGGCGAGCAUCCAGUACGAAAAAACACAUUCCUGGUGCCUCCUGUGCAGUUGUAGCAUUUCCAUUAAGCUAUAGGUCCUCCCUGCAGUUCUCUAACCAGUCAGGUCAGUGCUUUAUAGUGGGAGCCAGGGCAUCCUGCAGGCCAAACACUGCAGUGUGUGAUUGUUCAAUUGGCUUUUGGGGUUGCUAAAUCUACAAUUAAAGGACACAGGCAUGAGUUGAUGCAAUGUCUGCAGCAGGUUGGCUUCCAGUGUGGUGGAAAUAAGCACCAGUUAAGCUGACAUAUAUGCAGAGAGAGAGAUGCUGCACUCCCACAGCCCAGCUACAGGGCAGGCAGUGGCCAAGGCCCAGCUUUGGCUUAGAAAGUUAAGAUGGGAACGUUUCUAUUGGAAAGGCUGGUGGUUCCAUUACCCAUGAAUAAGAAAGCAAACCGAAGACACGAGGACUGUAUUUGAGCUGUAUGUCUGUUAAAGCUGGCCCCCCCCUCCCCAACUCCCUCCUUAAUAAAGGGAAAAAAGAAAACUCCAAACAGGAGAUGCACUUUUUGGACAUUAACAGGCCCAAAGCACAAACUCUUCCCCUUUGAACUUCUGCUUCUGUGCUGUCACUGCGCAUGUUCCAUCUGUGCAGCUUCAGGUACACCCAGGGCAUCAGCUCUAACAGAGAAAGGCAAUAGAAUUAUCUUCUGCUUUGUUUCCAUGUUAUGUGGUACUGAAAUGCAAUUUCUUGUUUAUGCGUUACUAAUAAAAAGUUCU